AAUUGAAGAGUUUAUUAAAACAGGUCGCCGAUACAGAUUUUGGCCGUUUCCCGCUAUCCUCAUGCCCUCUCAUAUGUAUUGAGGCGCACGCUCAAUGAGCGGCACUGUGUGGAGAAGCCUGUAGUCUAUAUAGAUGCGCACUAUUGACUUGUGAUCCAGGGAUGGACGGGGGAAUGACGUUACGGUGGGAGGGAGACACUUCUGUACGGUGGUGCUAUGCAGCUGGAGAAGUGAAGUAACCCUGGAGACAUUUGGAGGGGCGGAGUGUGACAAGAUGUCCGGAAGCAGCAUGAUGAGGGAUCCUCCGGCCGGGACAACUUCAGGCUCUGUCGCGGGAGAAGAGUCCUCAGACAGCGAGGGCGAGCAUGAGGGACCCCAGAAACUCAUCCGUAAGGUGUCCACCUCUGGGCAGAUCCGCAGCAAGACAAGUAUCAAAGAAGGAUUAUUACUGAAGCAAACCAGUUCAUUUCAGAGAUGGAAAAAACGCUAUUUUAAGCUCCGGGGCAGAACCCUUUACUAUGCCAAGGAUUCAAAGUCUCUAAUAUUUGACGAGGUUGACCUGUCAGACGCCAGUGUAGCAGAAUCAAGUACAAAAAAUGUCAACAACAGCUUCACGAUAAUCACUCCUUUUCGAAGACUCAUAUUGUGUGCAGAGAACAGGAAAGAAAUGGAGGAUUGGAUCAGCUCUCUAAAGUCGGUGCAAUCCAGAGAGCAUUACGAGACCGCACAGUUUAAUGUGGAACAUUUCUCAGGAAUGCAUAACUGGUACGCCUGCUCCCACGCCCGCCCUACCUUCUGUAAUGUGUGUCGAGAAAGCCUUUCUGGGGUCACCUCUCAUGGACUAUCUUGUGAAGUGUGUAAAUUUAAAGCUCAUAAGAGGUGUGCUGUAAGAGCUACAAACAACUGCAAGUGGACAACACUAGCUUCCAUUGGCAAAGAUAUCAUCGAGGAUGAGGAUGGUAUAGCAAUGCCUCAUCAAUGGCUAGAAGGAAACUUGCCUGUCAGUGCCAAAUGUGCAGUAUGUGAUAAAACAUGUGGCAGUGUGUUACGCCUGCAGGAUUGGCGGUGCCUUUGGUGUAAGACAAUGGUACACACUGCAUGCAAGGACCAAUACCCUAGAAAAUGUCCCCUUGGCCAAUGCAAAGUAUCUAUAAUACCUCCUACAGCACUCAACAGUAUAGACUCUGAUGGGUUCUGGAAAGCGACCUGCCCCCCCUCCUGUGCCAGUCCUCUACUUGUCUUUGUAAAUUCCAAAAGCGGAGACAAUCAGGGUGUGAAAUUCCUCCGAAGAUUUAAGCAGUUGCUGAACCCCGCUCAGGUGUUUGACUUGAUGAACGGAGGACCUCAUUUAGGUUUACGAUUAUUUCAGAAGUUUGAUAAUUUUCGAAUACUUGUAUGUGGAGGCGAUGGAAGUGUUGGUUGGGUUUUAUCUGAGAUAGAUAAGCUUACUUUGCAUAAACAGUGUCAACUAGGAGUCCUUCCUCUGGGUACUGGAAAUGACCUGGCACGAGUGCUUGGUUGGGGCGGUUCCUGUGAUGAUGAUACACAGUUGCCUCAGAUAUUGGAGAAGUUAGAAAGGGCAAGCACUAAAAUGUUGGACAGGUGGAGUAUAAUGUCGUACGAGUUGAAAUUACCAUCAAAAAGCUCAAUACUUCCCAUAUCUCCAGAAGAGGAGUCUGAAGACUGCCAGUUUCAGAUUUCUGCAUAUGAAGACUCAGUAGCUACUCACCUGGCGAAGAUUCUCAAUUCAGACAAGCAUUCCAUAGUAAUAUCUUCUGCAAAGGUUUUAUGUGAGACUGUAAAAGAUUUUGUGGCAAAAGUUGGUAAAACGUAUGAGAAACCACUGGAGAAUUCAGAGGAGGCAGAAGUGAUGGCAUUGAAGUGUUCUACAUUGAAUGAAAAGCUUGAUCUACUACUUCAGACUCUUCAUGCAGAAGCUCAGGCAGCGCCAUUGUUGGCACGUUUAACACCACCUAUUGUAGAAGAGGAGGUAGAGGAAGAAUUCUCUAGUGAAGACUCCCUCUCUGAGAGCAAGGAGCAGUUGACAGACAACAUUGCAAAGUCUUCCACGCCAAAGCUCUUCAAACCGCGGGAGCAACUCAUGCUGCGAGCCAACAGCUUGAAAAAAGCAGUCAGGCAGAUCAUAGAACAAGCUGAAAAGGUGGUGGAUGAGCAGAAUGCCCACACUGAAGAACAAGAGAACCAGGCUGCAGAAGAGUACAGGAAAGAGUUAGAAGAGUCAAGAGAGGAGGAAAAAGAUGACGACACUAAGGAACUGGAUUCUCUAUCAGUAAAAGCUGCUCCACGUUCUCCAGACAGACGUGCAAGUCGUAGUGCUUACUCCCAAAGCGGCUCCUUCUCCAGUCCCCCAUUAGCAUCCAGUAAGGAAAAUCUUCCCGUGUUAAACACUAGAAUUAUCUGCCCAGGAUUGAGAGCCGGACUAGCAGCUUCCAUUGCUGGCAGCUCAAUUAUUAACAAAAUGUUAUUGGCAAAUAUGGAUGCAAUUGGUGCAUCACCUUUUAUUGAUCCUGAAUCAGACUCCUUAGAAGGUUAUUCAGAAAAAUGUGUUAUGAACAACUACUUUGGUAUUGGUUUAGAUGCCAAAAUUUCCCUAGAAUUUAACAACAAACGUGAGGAACACCCUGAAAAGUGCAGAAGCCGUACAAAAAACAUGAUGUGGUAUGGAGUCCUUGGAACCAAAGAGUUACUGCAAAGAACUUAUAAGAAUUUGGAGCAAAAGGUUCAGCUGGAGUGUGAUGGCCAGUACAUCCCCCUUCCAAGUCUCCAGGGCAUUGCGGUGCUAAACAUCCCUAGCUAUGCUGGCGGCACCAAUUUCUGGGGUGGAACUAAAGAGGAUGAUAUAUUUGGUGCUCCUUCAUUUGAUGAUAAAAUCCUGGAGGUGGUUGCAGUAUUUGGGAGCAUGCAAAUGGCAGUCUCUAGAGUGAUCAAGCUUCAGCAUCACAGAAUAGCUCAGUGUCGAUCUGUGAAGAUCACAAUCCUUGGAGAAGAAGGGGUUCCUGUACAGGUGGAUGGAGAAGCUUGGAUCCAGCCUCCUGGUGUGAUAAAAAUUGUGCACAAAAACCGGGCCCAGAUGUUAACCAGAGACAGAGCGUUUGAAAAUACCUUAAAGUCCUGGGAAGAUAAGCAGAAGUAUGACUCCUGCAAGCUGGCCAUUCGAUCCCAUCUGUACUCUCCACAAGCAGUAGAAUUGGCUUCAGAAGAAGAGGUUACACUGAUCAAUCUCUGCUCACAGGCUGCUGAGGAACUUAUAUCAAGAAUAUGUGAAGCUGCAAAAACACAUGGUUUGCUGGAGCAGGAGUUGGCGCAUGCAGUGAAUGCAUGCUCACAUGCACUUAAUAAAGCCAAUCCCAGGUUUCCUGAGAAUCUAACUAGGAACACUGCCAUAGAGGUGGCCAUGAAUGUGAAGGCACUGCACAACGAGACAGAAUCUCUCCUGGUUGGGAGAGUCCCACUGCAGCUGGAAGCCCACCAUGAAGAGCUUUUGUCUAAUGCACUGCACGAUGUGGAAGUAGAAUUAACUAAGCUAGCAGAGAUUCCCUGGCUUUACUAUGUGUUACAGCCGGAUGAGGAAGAGGAUCAUCCUCUGGAAUAUACAAAAAGGAACAGUAGAAGCACAGUAUUUCGUAUAGUGCCAAAGUUUAAAAAGGAGAAGGCUCAGAAGCAUAAGACGAGCCCUCAGCCUGCACUGCAUUCCUGUUUUCCACUCUUUGGCCUAACCUAUGCUUGUUAUGCAUUUGUGCAUGUACAAAUUAAGGGGGUUUUGCUCUUAACUUUGUUAGUUCAAAAAUGGGGCACAGAUGAAGUUGCAGCUUGGCUGGAUCUGCUGAGUUUGGGAGAGUACAAAGAAAUCUUCAUCCGUCAUGACAUCCGAGGUUCAGAGCUAGUGCAUCUGGAAAGGCGGGAUCUUAAGGAUCUGGGGAUAAUGAAAGUGGGUCAUAUGAAGCGAAUUCUACAGGGAAUUAAGGAGCUUGGCAAAAAUACAUCUUUUUCUGAAGUGUGAAGGCGCAGCUAGUGUCCCUGCAUGGAGCAAGGCUGGCACAGUGGCUCAAGUUGUUUCAAGGCACUGUGGGGUUUAAGUUUACUAUUUCAGUGAAAGGUUGUAUACAGCUGGAAAGAGAAUGGUUAUGCAUUAGCGUUUGUGCCAAAAGUAGCAAAAAAUUCAUUCACAAAGUUUGUUAAAGUUGGGAUCUGCACUUGAAAUAUGUGGCUUAACUCAUUCCAAGAGACUGUGGGUUAGAUAAAAAGCCACCUCGGGAUGUGUUGGCACAUUUUUAAAGCUGCCGUCUGCUUUGUAUGACAACAUAUCAUUUUAUGGCAAAAAGUUAAUGUGCUAGCUUGUAUGAGGCCCAUACCUCCAAAUAACAGGGGAGGCCAAGAUGCAAUUGAACCAAGCCUAUAUGGGUAGCCUCAGGUACUGCUCAUUCACUGGCCAAGGAGUUUUAUUCUAAAACACUUUGUAUAAAGUGAAUGCAAUCUACAGUAAAUGCAUGGAGUGCCUGUUGAAAUUGUAUUUCAGUUGCAUGACAUAUCUGAUACAAAAAUGUAAAAAAAAAAAAAAAAAAAAAAAGGAAAAAAAAACUUGAACAACUUUUAUAUUAAUUUUAAUAUGGAUUAAUUUAUUACUACUGAUGUGUCUGUUGGUUUUAAGGCACUUUUCUAUUAGUUGUUGUAUAUUUUUGCAUGACUAUGGUCACUGGCCGGGGGAUUGUGGAUGUGAACAUGUAGCCUAUGUGCCAUGUAUCCUAACAAAAUGAUGUGCAUUAUGUAUGUUGUACAUAUUUAUUCUAGUUAGUCAAUAUUGUUUAGUAAUUAAUACUGAUAAAAUUAGGUUAUUACAAAUUUCCAUUCUGCAAAGAUGGUUACCUCACAACAUAUUUUCUCUUGGAAAUUCUUAGGGACUCUUUUCAAUGCCUUAUAUUAUGUUUGAUUUAUAGGUCUAAUAUAGGGAAUUUAGCAGCAGUCCUAGGGUCAUAAUCCUCAAUGUAGCAAUAGUAUAUAAUGAUGGUGGUCUUGCCACCAGCGAUUUGGUAGCAUAUACAGAAUACACAACCACAGAUAUGGCCAAGAUGCCUACCCAUUUGCUCAUUGCACCACAUUUUUUUUUCACGAACUUUCUAAAGUUUCUGUGGAUUAAGAAUAUUUGUUUAGUUCCAUUUAGGUAGUCUGUUAAAUUCUGCAUGCUAUUUAAACCCUCUGAUCUUAGAGAGCUUUAUAGGUCUGCACACAGUACAGAAUGUAAUGUAAGACUUGCUGCAUUGCCUCUUAGAAGGAUAGUGCCAUAUGAUCGCUGUUGUUUACAGUUAUUGUACAUGUAUGGUGUUCUUCCAUACUGCAGACUUCACUUAUGUGCUGCUGUAAAUGUUCUAUUUAUCAUACAAUCGAUUUGGAGAUGAAAUUGGAGAUGUGACCUUGCUAGACUGGUCUUGAACCUUGCCGCACUGGACUUGCAGAUGAUGUAUGCCUGGCACAUCUGACUGCUUACUUAGGUAUUGGAGAACCCCUUUAAAGUCUGGUCUGCAUGAUUUGUUUCUGUUUCAAUAUCCUUUAGAUCAGGACUAGGCACAUCCCAGGAUCCUUUGUAACUCGUAUGCCUAGGAGUUAGCUAAUGAGAUGCAAAUUACUUUUUGUAUCGAGGUCUAGAAAAACACAUAUAAUGGGCCACUAAAAUGUCUGCCUGGCUCCUAACCUCUACACUCUUUGUCCAUUCCAGAUUUAGUUUUAUAGAUCACAGAUAUUCCAGUUUACAAGUUUCCCCACUACCUUGCAAUAUAAGUCAUUGUGUCUGACACGAUCCAGCUGUAACAGCUGUCAACAGAACAGCAAGGUGUUUGGUCUUCUAGCAAUCGCAGCACCAGACCUUGAGGUCAUAUGGGCACGGAUGGACAGACACCAUAUUGUAUGAUCACCUCCAUAUGUGAGUUAAAUAGAAAAACAAUUUUCCUCCCAAGCUAUGUACUAUUUAAUGUCUUUGACUUAAUCUAUGGGUUAAAUAGCAGUAUUUGCCUUUUUGGAACUUUUGUUACAAAUAGGGUGACCAUUCUGUACAAGGAUUUCACCAAUAAUUCUUAGUUUAAGGCAGUGAUUGCUUUUAAACACUGUGCAUUUUCUUUGCUGCCUUCUUAGGGAAAGUUCUGUCUACCAAAUGGUUUUUCGUUUGUGUGGGCAACAAGUGCACUUGUGAUCGCUAUAACACUGCCAGUGGAAGAGCCAGGGCAUCUGAGUGGGUACACCUUUGUAUAGCAUUUUAUAUCCAGUUCAUUAUUGCAGAGAAUAUAAACAUAAUGGUUGAUACAAAGCUUGAUGGUUUUUUUUUCAGGAAAGGUCAUUGGUGGCUCCACCAUUACAAAAACCUUUUGUAGACAUUUUAAUAUACAGUAAUAUCAGCUUAUCAAAGAGAGAGGAAAUAUUUCAAGAUUACACCUUCUUAAAGCUACCACAACCUCCCCUUGCAUAUUGUCAUUAAAAAGCUCAUACAUUUCCAUAAAGAGUUUGGAAGAUUUGUGUCUUCAGUUAUGGAUGAUUUUGCGUAGUAGAACAUCCCUGCUUUCUGGAAAAGCAGGACAGUCUUUGUGCAAUAUUUCUACUUUAAUAAAGCGCAUGUUAUGUUUUUGUGGGGUAACGUAUCACAUGAAGCCUAUAAUAAAGAGGUUACCAGUGCACUACUUUAAUACUGUAUCUGUUUGAAAUCUAAAUAUCUCACUGCUAUGCAGUUGACCUGCAUAUUUGUAUAUUAUGUUUCAGCACUGUAUCAACAUAUAUAAAGUUUUAUGAAACUAUGUGUAAGUAAUAUUGACUUUUUUAAACGUGGAUGUUAAUUUCCGGUGUUAAGAUGUGAGAGUUUUACUUUUAUCCAUUUUACUAUAAAUUAAUAUUGCCUCACUAAAUAUGUAUUUACUGGUAUUUCUUCAAAAGGGUUACUGUGACCACGUCAUGUAAUUGUUAAAUCGGAUUCUUCUUCCUGCAGGCUGUUUUUCUAGCGUGCUCACUGAAACAUUAUGCAUUAGGCUCACAAAUAUCCAAAGCUGCCAAUAAAAUAACCAUUUCAUAGCUGAAAUUACAAAGCUUAAUGUUACUUAUCCCUACUAUGCUAUAUAGAAACUGAUUACAGGGGUGCCUUCACUGUUACACAUUGACUACAUCAAACAGAUACUAUGUAUUCUUAUUCUAUCAUUUUGCUUUGAAUUGACCUAUCAUAAAUUUGUCUUGCAUUUACAAACAGUUUCCUAUUGUAAUAACAUGAGUUGCUUGGGCAAUCCCAACUUUACAUUUAGGUGGUAUCAUUCAGUACAUUUACAUCCUUUAAAGGGGUACGCCGGCCCUAAAACAUCUUAUCUUAUAAGAUGUCUGAUCGCUGGGGACCCCCGCAAUCUCGCAUGCAGCACCCAACUGUGUCCGCUGCACAGAGCGAUGAUCACUCAGUGUGUAGGGCUUCACGACUAUGGGGCCAGAGUAUCGUGAC